GAAAUAAAGUUUUAAAAAAUUCAAACGAAUAGAAAAAUUUGAUGAUAAUAAUUAAAAUUAUUUAAACACAAUUUAAGUAAAAUUAUUUUUUUGCAACUAAAACGUAAGACGUGUUUUUAUUAACAACAUUGGCAAUUUAUUUCCAACACAUUGUGGUUUUUAAAAGAAAAAAUUAUAUAGUAAAUAAUAUAUAAAUAUUAUAUAUUGUCUAUAUAAUCUGUAUUAAAUAUAUAAGAAAUAUUACUAUUAUUAUUAUCAUCAUCAUCAGACAACAAACAACUAAGAAAUAAACAACAUGUUGUCAACCACAACUGCUGCUACUAUAUCAUCCAAUAUGAAUAACAAUAAAACAACCAGAACAACAACUUCAACUAAAAUGAUGAUGAUGACCAAAUGUCAUCGUCCACAACGUUGUCAAAUAGAAUACCAUAACGGUAGAUCAUCGUUGCCAUCAUCAUCAUCAUUGUUAUUAUCAUCAUCAUUAUUGUCGUUGUCAUUAUCAAAAUCAUCACCAUUAUCAUCCUUUUAUGGCCUUAACAAAUGGCUUUGGACUGCUGUACUAUUUGGAUUAUUAAUAGUAACUGCUAGUGCUAUAGAUGAGGUAAUUUGUAACACAAUGUUAAAAACAGAUAAGUAACUAAGUAAAACUAAUUUGAGGCAAUUAUAUGAUGGCAAAUAUAAGCUCUGGUCUCAACAUGUUUAAUAAGCCCUUAAAGAGACUAAAGAUCGAAAACAACUUAAUGUAUAUUUUGAGGGACAACUCCUCUAGUGAGCCUACCUUCCCCAUAUUUAAUAGAAACAUUUUUCAAACGCCUCUCCAGAGCCCAAAUCAUUUUGUGCGUUUAUGGUAAAUUACAUUUUCUUUCCAUCUAUAUUUAUAAGGAUUUUUGUUUGUGCAGUUUUUCCUUUUAUUUAUAACCAUCAUCGUAUUCUUUCUUGUUUUUUUUUUCCUUUUGCGCUGUUUAUUUGUCUCGAGGCGUCAAAAUAUAGAUGAGGGUCAUAU